UCUGUCCGAUAUCCAGAAUCUCCGCCAUUGAUUUGCAAUUUUACACAAACAAUAAAAUUAUGCAGUGUUUAUAGAUGAUCCCAGACUUCAAGGAGUUCAUCCCAAGCAAGGCCAGUUCUGGAGGUUUACUUCAAAGCAAUACAGUGAAAUAAAGUGUAAUUAUGUGCUACUGCUCUAGUUCUUUAAUCUGUACUUCUCUCAGGCUCUCUUUGUGUGUGCUUUUUGUGAAUAGAUACAAUGUAAAAUUACUUCUAGAAAAAAGUUCUUUAGAGAAUAUUGACUCUGCAAUCAAUUGAAACAAACAAAAAAAACAUCCUUCUUUUAAUAUCCAGACUUAAGUCUAUGGUCUGGAUUGUGCUACAUCAUCCCUACAAGAUUCAAAGGUUGAAUUUCAAACCCAUUCUGGAUAUGCUAACUGCCUUUACCCAUUUGCCAUUAGUCUCUAAUUUGAUCCGUUCUUCUAUCCCUGGGCUCUCCAUUAAUCAGCUUCACCUCAUUAUUUCUGUGUGACAGGCCAUGUUGGCUGGGUCCUGUUAGCCUUUGUUUCUCUUUCCAGGUACCUAAAACUCCCUCUCUUAUUUUCCUCUCCAUCAGCCUCCAUUGUUUCUCUCUGAUUAAGAUCUAAAACUUCAUCUUUUGAUCUUUGGAACUUUGAAAUCGAGACUCAAUACUAAGGGAAUACUUGGGACCUUUAUAUGGGGUUUCUUGAUUUUUUGGUUUUGUUUUAUCUUUUCUUUUAACUACAACUUGGUACUUUCACCUAGAAAAUAGUAAACGAAUAAAAAUAAAAAAUAAAGAGUUAAUUAGGAAGAGAUAUGAUUUAGAUUGUGUUCGUUGAUUUUAGAUUUUUAGUUGGAAUUAUUCUCCCCUCUUUGAUUACAACCAGUCUACUUUCAUAGUUGCUCUGGAAGAGAAGCAUAUGGACUACAGAUUGAUGGUGUUAGUUAUGGCUUUUUACAAUCAUUAAAUGGGGUUGGGGUUUUAACUCUUAAAUCUUGUAAAGAUGAUGUUGUACAAAGGAUGGCGUUGGCAAGCGCCUUUUACAAUCAUUAUAUGGGUUUUAGAUUUUAACUUCUUGAUCUUGUAAGGUGAUGCAAUGUAACCCAAAUUUAAGUUUGGAGGAGUCUGGAGAGGUUCCAUACCUGUUUUGGAGCACCUUAUAAUUGAGCUCUUUAUAGACUGAUAAAGCGGAUACAUCUUGCCACUUGCUUGUUAGGAUGUAUCCCCACUAAAUGGUUAGAAACUUAGACUUGCACCUUUCAAAAUUACUCUGUAUAUUUUAAUUGCUUCAUGUUUGUUAUGUUGUGUUAUUGAAUGUACCUCUUCAUGUAUAAAACUAGACACAGGAAAUGUUUGUUAUAAUGAGACAUACUAAUUUAUUUUCCCUGUGACCUAAAAGUGUUAUUGUUUUGGCAGCAGUUCUUUCCAUUUUGUGUUUCUUAUUAUUUUAUGCAGUGAUUGAAGACGUUAAAUCAUUUAUAAGUAUCCCAUACCCACUGGUUUCCUUUUCCCAGGGCAGCAAUUUGCAACAUGACUGGCUUUCCCUCUCCUGUCUUGUUCUCUAAAAUUUGCCUUUUGGUUUAGGUGUUGAGUCAAGUCAAUAAGGUACCAAAUAGGUGCUCUAAUAGUCAGUAUGUUGAUGGAAGAGUAGUCUCUGUGGAAUGUAAAGUUUGUCUGCAUAUUAAUCAUUCUACCAUGGAGCUGAAAGUUGAUGAAUCAUCUGGAGAAAUCUGUGGCAAUAAUGCCAUGAAUUUCUCUGCCAAUGAUGUUUCACCUUCUAGCAAGAAUGGAAAAGGUGAAGCAUGGGGAAACUGUGAAACAAACAAUUUAAUCAGCAUAAAUUCAAGUUAUGAUUCUUCCUCGGCAAAUUCAGAGCAUAAGGUGUGCGCAAGGACUUCUGAUGUAUCAGCUACAUCGGAUGGUACAGCUCCAACUCUGGAGGCCCCUAAAGCAUUAGAAGAGUAUGAUGAUAGUAUGCCAUGUGUCACCAGAGGUGGGGAAGCCAUUAAAAUUUCCAAAUUGAAUGAGGAAGAGAGUAUAAAUCUACCAUGUACAGUAAACCUAGCAGAGGAAUCUAUAAAACAUCCAAAAGACCAUCUUAAUUUGGUAGUGAAAGAUGAAGUAGCACCUGGCAAUGGUGGUAACCCACUGGAUGAUGCUUGCAUUACAGGAAAAAGUGAAGGCUUGGAUAAGGUCAUGCACUCUUCCGUCUUACCAGAUACGCAUGCAAAUUCUUCAGAAACCCAUGCGAAUAAUGGGAGUGAUGACUCUGACAUUGAGGAGCAUGAUGUGAAAGUUUGUGAUAUAUGUGGGGAUGCAGGUCGAGAGGAUUUACUUGCCAUAUGUUGUAGAUGUACUGAUGGGGCUGAACAUACUUAUUGCAUGCGAGAAAUGCUUGAGAAAGUUCCAGAGGGUGAUUGGCUAUGUGAAGAAUGCAAAUCUGAGAAGGAAAUUGAAAAUCAAAAGCAAUAUAAAACUGGCAGGGCUGGUGGAAAUGAAAAUGGUUAUUCUUCUGGACAAACAGCUAUUACUAAUUCUGAGCACCAUGAGACAGAAACUAAAGCUUCUGAUUUUGUUGGAGGCACAGCUGUUAAAGAAUGCUCUCAGGGAAAAGUAUCUAGCACAAGGAAUACAUAUGAUAGUGAAGCUAUUUCUGCUGCAAAGAAGCAAGUUCUUGAACCGCUUUCAGGCUCACCAAAGGCAGAAAGUCCCAAUCGGGUUCCUAUGCUCUCUCGUGAAAGUUCAUUUAAGAACUUGGAGAAAGGAAAAGUGAAGCCUGUACAUCAGUUUGGUGUGGUUAAUGACUCUUCAGCUUCAGGUCCCCGGAUGCAAACUUCUCGAGGUACUUUCUCAAAGUCCAAUUCAUUCAGUUCCCUAAUAGCCAAGCCAAAAGUCAAACUUGUGGAUGAAGUUUUUCCUGCAAAGCAGAAAUUGUCGAGGGAAACUGCUUUUAUUGAAUCAAAAGACAUAGCUGUUAGAUCAAUGGGCAAAUCUAUGUCCUUCAAGCCGACAACUGCAAGCCGUUCUAACUGCACUGAAUCAAAAGUGAAGAUGUUCUCUCCCAAGUUUUCUCAUGAUCAGGAUGUAAAAUGGUUAAGACAUAAAAAAGACCGAAGUUCCUUUGACAGGAAGAAUUCACUAAGAUCAGACCGCUUGGCUGGUGGCGCCAUUUCUUCUCCCAAAAGUGAUAAUAAACCAACACCUCGUGGUGAACCUUCCUCACUAUCUUCCCUGAACACUAAUAGAGACUACCGGGCUUUGAUCUCUGAAAACAAACCAGUGACCAUCUCAAAUUCAACAAGUGGGGUUGCUCGCGAAGUUUUGAAGCAGGCAUCAGUUGAUGGAGUUUCAUCUGCCAAUAGAAUUAGCAGUUCUGAAGAAAAUCCUAGUCAGGCAAUUCCAAAGGAGGAUUCCUCAUCCAGUUCUUGUGUUGCUGAGAGACCAUCAUGGAGUUCUAAUGAAGUUCUACCAGAUGGGUUGUCUCAGUCCAAGGAAUCAAAAGCUUUUGGUGACAAGACAAGGGAAAGUUCUGCAAGUCGGUCAAAACAGAACAGCACUGCCAGUGGAAAAAUUGUUUCAUGUCAGAAAUGCAAAGGAAAUGGUCAUUUAGCACAGGUUUGCACAGCUGACGGACCUGAAUCAUCUGCUUUAGGUUCACCUUUUAAAAGUUCUAGAGAGGCCACAAAUGGUCCAAGUGAUUUGAAAGCUGCCAUUGAGGCUGCUAGGCUCAGGAAACCUGGAAUAUGCAGGAAGAAUAGAGUUGCUGAUCAAUCUGAGGACUUAUCAGCAUCGAACAUGAAAAGUGAAAUAGCUUCCCAAGAUCAGAUGCUCUCUUCAACUGUCAGGAGAAAUGUUAAUGGUGCUGAGGAGGCACAAAAGCAGGAAACUGCAAAUAAUGCAAAGCAAUUAGGAAUUAUUUCUGAAGCUUCUGCAAGAACCAGAGAUGCAGGUCAUGUUGCAUUUUCUGAUGUAAAGCAUUCUGUAAUUGACAUGGAACGUCAGACUCUGGUAUCAAUGCCCGUUAUUCUGAAAACAGCCAUUCCAGAGUACCAGUAUAUAUGGCAAGGAGGUUUCGAGGUUCAAAAGAGUGGGAAAGCCUUCAAUCUCUAUGAUGGAAUUCAGGCUCAUUUAUCAAGUUGUGCAUCUCCUAAGGUUCUUGAUGCUGUAAACAAAUUCCCUCGGAAGGUCAUACUGAAUGAAGUACCUCGUUUGAGUAGCUGGCCAAUACAGUUCAAGGAGUGUGGUGUUAGUGAAGAUAACAUAGCCCUCUUCUUUUUUGCUAAAGAUAUAGGGAGCUAUGAGAAGAGCUACAAAGUUUUGCUCGGGAAUAUGGUGAAGCAUGAUCUGGCUCUUCAGGGGAACAUUGGAGACAUUGAACUACUGAUAUUCCCAUCGAACCAUCUUCCUGAAAAGUUCCAGCGGUGGAAUUUGAUGUUCUUCCUGUGGGGCGUGUUCAGAGGGAAGAGAGCAAAUAGUUUGCAAAAUUUUCCUGGAGCUGAGAAACCAUUGAUUCAAGAUAUCCUCACAGCUGCCACUUCUUUGCCAGAGAAUAUGUUCACCCCUGUGCCUAAACUGAAUUCUGUGCUUGGUAGUGCGGCAACUAAUAUUGAAAUGUCUGCUCUAAAAGAGCCAGAAUCUGCAUCUUCACAUAAAAUUGUAAAUGGAAAUUGCAGUAUCCAAUCCUCUCCCCAAGUGAGUAGAGAUAAGUGUUCUCGUAUAAACACUGAGCAGAAUGAUAAACUGGAUUCCAGUUCUAUUCAAAAUAGUGAACCAAAGUUGGGGCCGGAUAGGAGAUACUUUGGCGUUCCCCUGGUAGAAGCAGUGCACUCUUCUGUUCAAACUGCUGAAAGAGUCAGCAGUCCUAAUACGAGCCGUCCUAUGUCUGUCCAUUGGGCUGCUCAACUUGACGGAGAGAAGCUAUCAAUGUUAUCUGAUGAAACUCCAACAAUGCAGGAGGCAGCUUCUGUUGGAAGCACAACAAAGAAUUUGUGUGGCAAAGAUGAUGUGAAAAUUGGACAUAUCUGCUUGGACAAUGUAUCUACUGAGGAAGGAACUCCUUUGGCAAGGCAUACGAGUAUGGAGCAGACCUUGAAUGUGAUCAGUAGUUUUGGUGUGAACCCCAAGAAACGGUCACAUUCUGCAGAGACUGUGCUGCAAUCUGCAUCAUCCUCUGGAACGAGUCAAGCGUUUUCAAGUUACAGUAAUGAUGACAUCUUGGUUGAAGAAUGCUGCCACAAAAGAGUGAAGCCCAAUUUUGAUCGAUCUUAUGGAUGCAAUGAUCAAACUAGUUGCUCAAAGGAUGGGUUCUUGUCAGAGAUGGGCGGUGGUGGUACAGCUUCUCAACUUUCUCGCCAGAAGAAUGAGCGCGAUGAAGCUUUGAGCAAGACAGCUAUCUUGGAAACUCCAGGAAAUGCUGAAAUGUUUUUCUUCCCAGUUGAUCCACAUCCUGUGGAUAAUAAUAGCUCGAUGCCAUGGAAAGUGCAUCCUUUGGAGGAAGAUCAACUCUGUGACAAAGCACCAAAUCUUGAACUUGCUUUGGGAGCUAAAACAAAACCUCUGAUGUCCGGGAUCCCAUCCUUUUUAUCUGGGAAAGUCGAGAAGAAAAUAAGCGAGGAGAAUACCUCAGAUAAUGCAGCAGCAAGUGCCAACAAGGAGGAUGUUUCUGCUUCUCUUUCUCUCUCUCUCUCAUUUCCUUUCCCGGAAAAGGAGCAAGGUACUUCUGCUUCAAAGCCUGAGCAGGAAGAUCCCAGAAGAAGGCAAGCCAAUACAUCACUGCUCCUUUUUGGGCGGCCUGAGGGAUAAAUAGGGAGAAGAACCAAUAAAUGUACAUUAUAGCUAGUCCUAAUGGAUUUGUUAGGUUCACAAGAUGUUCAUAAGUUUACAGGAUCUAUGUCUUUUGUUGUUUCUGCUUUCUCUUAUACUCAUAGUUUGACAGUGCCAUAGUUAAUCAGUCACGGCUGAUUGUAUAUAAAGAGGAUAUUUAGCCAUAACGGCCUCUGGCAGCAUAGAAAGGGUUUUUUGCUUCUUCUU